AUGAUAUGUAAAUGUUGUGGAGAGAGACUGUUGGAUCAUGAGCCAUUCUGUGUCAAUUGUGGUAUUCAAAAUCGUCAGAUCAAAGAAGCUAAAGACCAAGGGGCUACAGGCGGCGUUGACGUACAACUUCGGACUAAACGAAUAAACGACAAUGCUGUUGAGUCUCAUGUUUCGCACAAUGAACGAUUACAAAAGAAACACGCAAGGGUAUUGUAUUCAUUUAAUCCGGCAUUAGAUGAUGAGCUUGCGCUUAAAGUUGGUGACGUAGUCGAAAUCCUGUGUCAGGACCCUAAGGGAUGGUGGAUGGCAGAGCUGAACGGCAAACGAGGCGUAAUCCCUUCAAAUUACGUAAAGAUUAUGGAAAUAGGAGAAACAGCUAGAGCUCACGCAGCUGACCAAGGGGCUACAGGCGGCGUUGACGUACGACUUCGAACUAAACGAAUAAACGACAAUGCUGUUGAGUCUCAUGUUUCGCACAAUGAACGCUCACAAAAGAAACACGCACGGGUAUUCUUUUCAUUUAAUCCGACAUCUGAUGAUGAGCUUGCGCUAAAAGUUGGUGACAUUGUCGAACUUGUGAAGCAGGUCUGUGACGCGUGGUGGAUGGCAGAACUGAACGGCAAACGAGGCUUGAUCCCUGCUAAUUAUGUAAAUGUUAUCGAAGAAGGAGAAACAGCUGGAGCUAACGCAGCUGACAAGCAGGCGGACGACUUUGCGGAUGACUUAAGUGACCUUGAAGAUGGGAGUGAUUUCAUUGAAAAUGAAGACCUUGUAACUGAAAAGGAGUUCGAGGAUUAUCAAAAAGUACUUCAUCAAUGUGGAUACAUAGAACUUAUGACGGGGCUUGACAAAAUUAACACUGCGUGGAAGGAUAUCAAAAUAAAAAUUGCAGUUACUGGUAAAUCUGGUAGUGGUAAAUCAACUCUGAUCAAUGCAUUGCUAAAUCUGAAAGAUGAUGACGAGGGAGCCGCAAAGACAGGUUGCGUUGAACCAACCUCUGAACCAACACCUUAUCCACACCCCAACAAUAGGAACCUUGAGGUGUGGGACUUACCCGGAGUCGGAACCCCAAAUUUUCCGCAGAGUACCUAUCUUAAACAGGUAAAUUUUCAACAGUAUGAUUUUAUCAUACUAGUUUCUUCAAAGCGGUAUACGACAAAUGAUACCUGGCUGGCAAAACAAAUAGUUGAACAAUACCCAGGCGCAAAUUUGUUUUUUGUGAGAACACAAGUAGAUAGCGAUCUGUACAAUAUGAAACAGGGAAAAAGGCGUGGGUUGAUAAAGGAAGAGGAGAAAAAAACACUUGAUAACAUAAAAGAUGAAAACCUUAAAAACCUCCAGAAAGCAAAUAUAGAAAAUCCACGUAUAUUUUUGGUUAACAGCCAUGAUGUAAAUGUUUUCGACUUUGGAAAGUUGUCCAGCAUGCUUAUCGACAAGGUAAAACUUGAAAAACGGGGCGCCUUAGUACUUUCCCUGUCUGUUGUUUCCAACGAAGUUGUGAAUGAAAAAAUCAAACAACUCAAACACAGAAUCGGCCACACUUCCAAGUGCGCUGCAAUGGCAGCCAUAAACUCAAACAGAGUGCAGAAUGAACGAUUAGAAAUUGACAUUUUAAGAAAAGAAGUUAAAUUUUACAAGUAUCAGCUUGGAAUUGACUCCAACUCUUUGACAAUUCUGGCUAGCCGAUUUAAUAUUGACAUUGAAGAUCUUUACCUUAAAAUGAAUUCCCAGUCGCAUGCAAUACUGCAAGGUUUCGAAUUCUUUUAUAGCAGAUAUGACAAAAUCGGUUCGAAACGUGGAAGUAUCAUUCCAUUUAUACGAACUAGAAAAUACCAGAGGCAGUGCGGUCGGGUUCUCAAAAGCAUGUUGGACAUAUGCAUAAAAGAAAACCAAAGCCUUCAAACAAACUUAGCAAUAAUGUCGCAAGAAGAAUAUAAUUAAAAGCAUAUGAAUACAAAUGAGAAUGCCGCGUAAACGAACAAUACUGUUUAAUAUACUUAUCGAACUUACUAAAUAAGGAAUCAAAUGCGGCGUAUUGACUAACAUUUAUUAAUAAACGUCAACACUAAUGACGCUUUUAAGAUGAUGCAAUGUAAACAUACAUGUAUUUCAAAAACGUACACAACCAAAUUUUCAAUCAAGGCACUUGAUAAUUGCUGUUUUACGAACGUUUACGAAUUGACGGUUUUAAACAAUGAAAUGCAAAAUCAUUAAUAGAAAUCAGGGCAUAGGUAAAUUUCAGUUACGUAAAUUGAGUAUAUAUCAUACUUUAUACGUUUGUAUAUAGCUACAUGUUGCAAUGUUAUGAAUGCCUGCAUUGCAUUUUGAACAAACUUGUAAAAAGUACAAAAUGUGUGUAAAUUUGUCAUUGUUCAAUAACGCACUAUUUUCUCCACUAUUUGAUUUCCAUCCCAUCUCCACUUCCGAUUUGUUUCUUUAAGAAUUGCAUUUGACUGUGUUGUAUGAAUAAUGAUCCCCAAAGCGUUAGUCUUUUACUUAAGACUAAGCGACCAAUUACCUUCACAAUACAAACUUACACGAAAAAGGAUGAAACUGGUGUAACCGUUAAAAGAAGUUAAUUUAUAGCAUGUGUCUUUUUUACUAUUUUUGUACAUAAUGUUUUCGAUGAUUCCCGUAAUAUCUUUUAUGAAUCUGUAAUUGGCAAACCACGUACUUUUGAAGCAGAUUGAACGUUCAUGCUAUGUAUAUUUAAGAUCAUUUUUAAAUAUGUUUCAAGAAUAAUUUUUAAAUGAAUGAAUAUUUUCGCGAGAGACUCAAUUGAAUGUUGACUUAUGAAAUAUUUACUUAUAAAUCUGCAAUAUUCAUUGAAGAUGUUAACAUGGAGCGCUCGGAAGAUUUAUUUUUAUCCCACUUUUACAGCGAUUUCGGUUGAUUAA